CCGGCUCACACUUGAGGGGUGUCUGGACAAGCAUGGAGGCGCGCGGAAGGGAGGCCGGGAGGAAGCGCCCCCUAGAUCCUCUGCUCCUGGCCCUGAGGCUGCUGCCCUUCCUCACCUCAUGUGCCCUCUACUUCCUCCUGUGGCUGCCCGAGGAGGAGCCCAGCUGGAUGGGCGCCCUGGCCAAGUGCCUGCCCAUCCUGUGCCUGGCUGGGGGGGUGCACGUGGCGGCCCCCCCGGGGCCCUACAGCCGUGGCCUGUGCCGGGGCCUCCUCUGCUCCGCCCUGGGUGACGUCCUCCUCGUCUGGCCAGACUGCUUUGUCUUUGGCAUGGCAGCCUUCGCACUGGCUCACGUCUUCUACGUGCAGGCCCUGGGCUGGGUCCCGAUCCGCCUGGCCCUCCUGGGGCCGGGGCUGGUCGUCUCUGGCCUCUACUUCAGGCUCCUGAAGCCUCACCUGCCCGCAGAGCUGGGCCUCCCUGUGGGCCUCUACAUCGCCAUCCUGGCUCUGAUGCAGUGGCGGGCCCUGGCGCGGGGGAGCCCAGCGGCCCUCGGCGGCGUGCUCUUCAGCGUCUCUGACGCCGUCCUCGGCUGGGACACCUUCGUGCGGCCUCUGGCUUCGGGCCGCCUGACCGUCAUGGUCACCUACUACGCGGCCCAAGGCCUGCUCGCCCUGUCCGCAGAGCAGGGCCGGCCCCGCCGCGCCGACUGAGCCCACAAAAACAGCGGCCUUUGGAUCUCGGCCCCGGAGGCCUUCCUGGCCUUCCCGCCCCCUCCGGCCGCCCCCGGGGGCUCCUCGUUCAUCGCCCCCACCAUUCCCGACUCCCUGUCCCCAGGCCUGCACCCCCAGCCCGGCCCCCUCCGGCCCCCUGCUUCCCGGGUACCUCCCUGCGCUGACCGUGAGCCCCUUGGCCGAAGCCUCUCCUCCCUGGGCCCCAGAUUCUGAUCUCCCUCCAUGACCCGCCGCCCCUCCCAGGCCCCAUCGAGGACCCUCACUGUCCACACUGCCGGCUCUCAGUAAAGCAGAUUGGAA